UUGAAGAGGAUGUAGUUCAUUUUCUCUGGACAGGACCAGGAGACAAAAUGUCAUCCCAAUUUUUGCAGACACCUACGAACUCUGGAGAUAGAAUAAAAGAGGAUGCAGCCAAAACGGAAAGACCUUACAAGAUCUUUUUCAAAGAUCUCUUCCUUUUCAAGGAAAAUGAGAUGGCUGCCAAGAGUAAGGAAAGAAUCAUGAGCCGCAGCAUGAAAGUCUACCAAAAGUCAACAUUCUCAUCCCGAAUGAAGAGUCGCUCACACCUCGGCCAGCUGGCUCUUUAUGAAGGCGGUGGUGGCUCUUACGACAAUCUGGGCCUAGACCCUACUCUGAUUCUCAGACUGACAGAAGGUGCAGACAGAAAGAAGAGCAUCCACCAGUUUAUUAAUGACCAGAGAGACAGAUUUCUACUUGAGUACGCCGUGUCAACCAAGAAAAACGCAAUUAAAAGGUUUGAAAAACUCAUAAGAAUGAAAGAGAGGCAACUCCGAAAAGCUGAGAAAAAGCUCCAAGAUGAUGCAUUAUCCUUUGAGGAGUUCCUUCGAGAAAACGACCAGAGAUCUGUAGAUGCUCUUAAAAUGGCAGCACAAGAAACAAUAAACAAACUUCAAAUGACAACAGAGCUCAAGAAAGCAAGCAUAGAAGUGCAAUCAAUAAAGAGUGAAAUAGCAAAAACCGAGUUCCUUCUAAAAGAGUACAUGAAAUAUGGAUUUUUCCUGUUGAAGUUGUCUCCGAAACAUUGGCAAGUGCAGCAAUCAGAAAAAAGAGCCCAGGCAUCAAAAAGCAACCCCAUCCUCCCAAGAAUCAUAGAAAAAUUCUCGCUAGGUAGAAGAGAGAACAUCAUGGACUUAGAGAAGACUUCGGAAGAGCGGAGUGGAAGGAAGGGGAGCCAAGGAAGAGGACAGAAAAGACCUGCUUUGGGCACAGACACGAGGAAGUCAUCUACUUUCAAUCAGCCUGAACGCAUGGCCUCAGAGGACAGUUUGGAGUACUUUAUAGAGGACGAGAUACUUGACUAUGAUCUGAUGCCGGAGAUCUAUUUCAAGGAGCCUGAGGAGUUACUGCAGGUCCUCACGGAACUGGAGGAGCAGAACCUCACGCUGGUCCAGUACUCCCAAGAUGUGGAUGAGAAUCUCGAGGAUGUCAACAGAAGAGAGAAAUUUAUACAGGAUAAGAUAAACAACAACAUCGAGUUCCUGAUGGAGCACAAGCAGAUGCUCAGGCAGAACUGUGAACGAGAGGAGGAGAAGGCAGCGGAGCUGGAGCUGCGGUCCCGCCUCUUCAGUUUCGGAGAAUUCAAUUUGGAUGCUCAGAAGCAAGAAAUCCUGAGGCAGGAACCUACAUGGAAGUCGGUUUACUUUGCUGAGAAGUUUAUUGAGUUCCUCUUGACGAAUGUCAGCCACACAAUGGAGAUAAAGGAUGAGUCUUUACAUGUCCCGACCUAUGUUGUCUACCAGCUCAAGAGACUGCAACAGCAAGUAAAAGAGCGCAGUGGCGAGGAAAAACUGAUAGAAUCACUCAGUAGAAAGAUUAAUCAAGUAUACAGAUUCUGCAUCGGAGACGCUGAGGUUGGCAGCCUGAAUGCCGUUCAGAAACUGAUCAAAGUUGAGUCUCGCCUGGUGGAGCUGAGCGACCUCAUCGAAUCUAUUCCCAAAGAAAACGUGGAAGCAAUCGAAAGGAUCAAACAAAAGGAGCGACGGCAAAAGCUGCGUGAAGAGAAAGUAAAAGAAAAGCAAAGAUACCAGGAGGAGCGGCUAAAAGCUGCUCUGGAAAGAGCCGUCGCACAGCCCAAGAAGAAGCUGGGAAGACGACUUAUCAACCGCUCGAAACCUCCAUCUGCAGGCAAGCAGGAGCUACUUUUAGUCAGUGAUCAGAGAACAAAAUCACAGGAGGAAGACUAUUUUUUUAGUUGAACAGGAGCAUGAAGACACUAUUAGACAAUGUUUUAUGUGGAUGUGGCUCUCGGCGAUGCAACCUUGUCCUAACAAAUUCCGGGAAGGCAGAACUUUAUCCCAAAGCUUACAGGAGUAGGAACAGCAACUGCUUUCUUGGGCUAAAGCUCUCUGUAACCCAUUAGCAUUGUCCAUGAGAUAAGCAAUAUUGAAUCUAAUUUGUCCCUGUUGGAGACACACACCACUGUCCAUUUACUGAGAAAGUGUGACUCACAGUAGAAUGGUGUCCCUCAAAGAGUAAAGCUGUAAUUGUACUUUCUAGAGCAUUAAGGAAGUUCGGGGAUUUGAAUAUACAUUCCAAAAACUGUAUAUUCUUAAAACAGCUGGACAGGG